AUGUCAAGUUUGAAUCCACCUACAGUUCAUCGUGAGUUUUUCGGAGUGCCAGGAUCGUUGGCAAUUACCUUCGGACUUCCGACUGUUAUAACGUUGUUUGCAUUAAUAACCAAUGAAUACUAUUCAGUGCAAGGAUUAUCAUUAGAUCUUAAUGCAAUAUCUAAUCAAGUUCCUUCAAAUGUUGGAGAAUUGAUUGAUUUAUGUUUUGAUUUCAACUGCUGGGCUGCUUACUUAACGUGGUUUUCGGUCUUGGUGAUAUUGGACUUUGUCUUACCUGGUAAGAAGCUUAAAGGUAUCAAGUUGAGAGACGAUAGUCAAUUAGAAUAUAAAAUAAAUGGGUUGCUGAUGUCAGGAUUGUUGAUAACCCUUUUAUUAAGUAGGUUAUUGGUAUCUGAUAACUACUAUUUACCCGAAUUGCAAUUUAUCUAUGACAAUCAAUUGAAGUUAACUUUAGUUACUACAAUUUUUUCUUUCUUGUUGUCAGUCUUUGUUUACGUUUGCUCAUUUAUUCCAUUGGCGAAGGAAAAUAAUGCUGGAACUAAGGAGAGAAUAUUAUCCAUUAAUGGAAAUUCAGGUAAUGUAAUAUACGACUGGUUUAUUGGCAGAGAAUUGAAUCCUCGAAUCGGUUCGUGGGAUAUCAAACUAUUCUGCGAGUUAAGACCGGGCAUGUUAUUAUGGUUUUUGAUUAAUUUAUCAUGCAUGCAUAGCCAAUACCAUAAGCUUCAUAAAAUCACUGAUUCAUUAUUGUUGGUGAAUUUUUUGCAAGCGUUUUACGUUUUCGAUGGUGUGUUGAACGAAGAAGGUGUAUUAUCGAUGAUGGAUAUAACCACUGAUGGGUUUGGGUUCAUGUUAUGUUUUGGCGAUUUGGCCUGGUUACCUUGGUCAUAUUCGUUACAAUCAAGAUAUUUGGCGUUGCCUGAGAAUUCGUUGGAAUUAGGCUAUGUUAAAAUUGCAUUAAUCUUGGCUUUAAGUUUUACUGGUUACUACAUCUUCCAUUCAUCAAACAAACAGAAAUCCGACUUCAGAAUGGGUAAGUUAGAUCACUUAAAUUUGAAGAGCAUCAAAACCAAAACAGGUUCAAAAUUACUUUGCGAUGGAUGGUGGGGCAUAUCUCAACAUACGAAUUACUUUGGUGAUUGGUUAAUUGGCUGGUCUUGGUGUUUGCCUACUGGUUUUCAGACUUUAUUGACAUACUUUUAUGUUAUUUAUUUUGGGGUGUUAUUGGUUCACAGACAGACGAGAGAUGAAGCCAAAUGUAGAUUGAAGUACGGUAAGCAAUGGGAAGAAUACGAAGAAAUUGUUCCCUACAAAAUUGUACCUUAUGUUUACUGA